AUGACCUCAUUCGGCUCCUUUCAGUGUGUCGAUGCUCAACAUGCACAGCCGAGGCGGAUUUGCAAACAUCAACUGUUCUUCUUACAAUUUCGUAAUUGGCCCACGCUAAUCCAAUGGCACGACUAUAUUUUAUGGCCUAUAAAAGCCAAACUUGAGUCACUAUUGCAAGAAACCACCAAGAAACUUGCUGCCCAGACGCAAGUGAUCGCCCAGAUGCAAAGUCAAGCUAAUUCCCGCGAACAAGCUUACGACACCUUACUCAAGAAGUUUGAAGACGUUGCAAUAAAACCACCUCCGAAGUCAAAAUCCAAAACCAAAUUGAAGGACCAACCUGCUGCCGGAAGCUCAAUGCCGCAGCCGCCUUCUGCAACCACCUCGCGCAUGACCCCCACACCCAAACGCCGCAGCUCCACAGCCACACCUAAGAAGGCGACGAUCCCGCGAAAGUCGACCCCCAAGUCAUCACCAGCUGUGAAGUCUGCAAGACGUGCUUCCGGCCCUCCGCCCAAAGCAUCCCCCAAACGAAGCCCUUAUGAGUUAGAGAUGAAGACGCUUCCAGCAGGUUUUACAUCUACAAAGUCAUUUGGGACUUGGCGAAGGCCGGUUCAGUACCUGUGGCCCCCGAUCCAGCGCUUCUGA